AUGGCUUCUAAACGGUCUAUUGCUGUGGAAGGCAAUACGCCAGGUAAGCCUGAAAAUAAGCGAGUGGCAACCAAGGAAACUUCGAGAAAAAGCCUUUUUUCUGAAAAACCCAAGUCAUCUGGACACAGGGAAUGGUCAGAAGAAGAAACUUCUGCUUUAGUACAGUAUAUUUGUUUGUAUUGGGAAGAUGCCUACUCGGACCGAUGGCCUAUGCAAAGUGACACAAAAUUCUGGGAUGCUGUGGCAGGUGCAGUGAACAAGGCAUGCAACUCUACUAGAACAGGUUAGCAAAAUGUUAAUGUUUUAUAGCAUAUCUAUUAUUUAUAAUUUUAAGCAUGAUAAAGGAGGAUGAACAGAGAUCAGGAGGAUGCUAUUUUGGCACAUGUGGGGAUUUUAUUCUAGACUGACUAAUUUACCAGCAGUCAGGUGAAGUAUUUUAAUAUUAUAUAGAUGUUAGUGGUAUAAAAUGCUUUUAUUUUUGGUUGCAUUCAGCGAGCAUGCCAUUGCCUUGCCCAAGCCCCAAGCCAUGUUAUUAAAUGUUCCUGGAAUACUGCACAUACAAUUUAAGUGCAAUAGCUAGUGUUCAUCAUUCUGUUUUCUUUCAAAGGUCCAUCAUGUCGCACAAGGGUCACAAAACAUCUAUCCAAACAACAAUACAAAUGUUUGUCAGAGGCAGAGGAGGCACUGAACAUUGACUACCUGCUCAAUUCCUCCUCAUUUGAUGAUAAUAAUGCUUGCCCAAGUAGUCCACCAAGAUUUGUCAAUGAUGAAUGUUUAUCACCUAUCUUCAACUGUUCCCCAAAUGCUGGUGCAAAAAGACAUACAAGUUCUGUUACUGUUGGCGAUGUGAUAAAAGAUUUUGUAUUAUGUUUUUCAAGCUCAAUGUCAUUGCAGAUGAAGAUGCAAGUAUUGCAUCACAUAUUUAAGCAGUGUGUUAUUGCUGAAGAUGCCCAAGACUUCUUCAGAUUUGUCAACAAUGAUUUCCUGACAAGAAGCCUUGGAGCGACGAAAACACUCUUUCGUGACAGUAAACCCAAUCUUAUUUAUGGCUUGAGCAAGUCUUUUGAAGGUACAAGCCCAAGAAUGUCUUUAAAUCGGAUGCCAUAUGGUUUGAUCGAUUACAAUAUCCGCUUCUUUGCCAGUGAUACAACAGUUAAUCUUCAUAUGGAAGAACAUUAUGCCUCAUGGCUGGAGACAAUGUAUACUCAGUUGGCCAUAAGUGGUUAUGUCUACAUAGGGGACCAAUGUGGCAGUACGAGAGAGGUGCAAUCUGGGAAAAAGAUUUGCCAACUGCAAAUGAUCCUGAACAUAGUACUGAUGUGGUAGAAGUUGACAUUAUCCAAGAGGCAUUGCAGCAUUCAUCAAUUGAUUUGGAUACAGCUCCUUCUGACAUGGAAGAAGGUCUUGAAAUAUUUGAACAUGUCGACCUGAGCAUAUGCAACUUGUCCAUUACUGACAACACAGUAACUACACCUACAACAUGUGAAGAUCUCCAAACUGAUUCACCCAUUUUUCCUUCUCCAGAAUUUGUCAAUGAAGAAGACUAUCUUCAAAUGAUAGAACAUGUCGACCUGAGCAUAUGCAACUUGUCUAUUAGUGACAAUGCAUUAACCACACCUACAAGCUGUGAAGAUCUCCAAACUGAUUCCCCCAGUAUUCCUUCUCCAGAAUUUGUCAGUGAAGAAGAACCUUUGCAGGUGUCACAUUUGUGGACUUCCAUGUCUAAAGGGGACAAACAGGAUAUGGCCCUGGGAUUGGUUUCUUGUAAAGAGUUGGAAAAAUUACAUGGUAUACAAGCCACUGGCAAGGGGAGUCUUAGACAACACAACCCAGAUAUGUAUGAUCCUUUGAAGGUCAGUUGUAUUACAAAUACUGUAUUUACUUGUUAGAGCUGAGCACCACAGUGCUCUUUGUUGGUGGGAAAUAGAUUCUAAUACUGUAAUAGUUUAUAGUAUCAUCUGCCAAUAUUGUAUGGUUUGUCAUAUGUACAGUACAUGUACUGUGUACAUUACAUGUACUGUAUAUGCCCAUACAGUAUUAACAAUAAAGUAUCAUGAAAUUAUUUCUGUCUAUCUUAUAUCUAGGCACACUGGAACUAACCAGUCCUGAUAAUUUUUGCAAUUAAUUUUAUAUUUAUAGAGUAAGGUUAACAUUGCAAGUAUAAGUGCUCGACAGAUUCAAAAGCACAUUGGGUCUUCAGGAUUCAGAAAAACUGUUGAUACUCAAGUAAGUGAGAUUAUCAGAGAAGUCAUUGCCUUUUUAGCUUUUGUUCAAUACAUCUACUCCUGGGUAAAUUACUACUUGUCUCUGUAGUUAACCCAUUAAGAUGGAAUGCACCCUAAUGGGAAAGUCAUGGGAAGAGUUUUGCAUUUUAAUGGGGUUAACAUCAUUUGUAUGUGGACCGACAAAUCUAUCACCUGUAUGUGUCAGGCCCAAAUUAGCUUUUAUAUUUGUUUAUGAACAAUUGGUCAUAAUUCCCCCAUGUGCUCAAAUGUGCCCUGCUUUAGUAUUUACUCUUAAUAACACCAGACGAUUUUACUUGUCAUUGGAAGAGUACUGCCAGUAAAUCGAUUCACUUAACUUUAGUUUCAAUAUUUCAAUCCUUAGGUGGCGACACUCAAGAAAGCUAAAGAAGCAAAUCCGCAGGGACGGUGGUGGAUCAAGGCAGAUGGUUGCGAUAUUCGGAAAGGUUUAAGAGAAAGUGUGCGUGGGAAAUGGGCUGGAGACGAGGAUUUGGGUGAUGGGUCAUUGCAAAUAUUGUUCAAUGAAUACAAGGCAAGAUGUUCAUUUGUUAGGAGUAUUGGCACAUCUGUGAGAUUGAAUUGGACAUUUAAAGAUAUAGACAAAGUGCAAAGUGACCAACAGCAUGAUUUAGAUUUUCUAAAAACUGGUUCCAAAACUGCCAACUUAGCAUACACUAAAGCAGUUAAAGAGGGUAAGACAAUCGAGAAAUCAAUGAUGGAAUUAGCUUGGGCUGCUACUGGAUUUGAUGAUCUCAUUAAGAAAUGA